UCACAGACCUUCUCUUCCUUUCCUGUGCACCCCACCCUGUAACAGCACCAACCACCAGGACUGGACAUCACCGAGGAACAGCGGGAUUGCCUCCCCGAAUGCCUCCCUGGGAGGCACACUGAUUGCCCACCCCCCCCACCCCACUGCACCAUUUCCAGGAGGGAGAGCGGGGACCCUCAGCCGCCCCCUUUUCCUUCCCAUUGGGGUGCUGCCCUCUCUUUGACCCCCAGGGACCCUUGCCCCAGGACACCGCCUACCCCACACAGACCCCUUCACUCCGGGGUGCUAUCCCCAUCCUCUGCCUCAUCGUUCCCCUGAGCACUGGGGGACAGACCCUCACCCCCACCCUGGGGGUGUGGCACCUCCAAACUUUCAACUUCAGGGUGAUUUUUUUAGCAGUAACCAGAGCUGACAAUCUAACUCCCCUCCACCGCCCCAUUUUGGCCUCCCCUGCCCCCCUUGUUAUGGGGAGGGGACCCCAGGUGAGGGGGCCCUAUUACCCCUUGAUUUCUCAGGAGCGUCUGGGGGGGCUCAGCACGCACAAACUCCUCCUCCUACCCCUCUUAAAUUUACUCCCUCCCCACCCAGAACCCAGAUGGGGUGGAGGGGGCCACCGGGGCAGGGAGGGGGCGGCAAGGGGGGAAUGGGAGUUGUCUCCCCUUCUCCCCACACCUGAUCUGCUCUCGGCUGGUCCCAGAGCGGGGUGAGGGGGCUUAUGCCCCCCCCUCCCCCAGUGUGUUGGGUGGGGUGGAAUUGAGGUUAGGGUGAGGGGUCAGGGUUUAGGAGGGUGUGUAUGUUGGGAGGACAGGCUAGUUGAUCUGUCCUACUCUGACACACAGCCCCCCGUGCCGCUCCCUUCUCUCUUCUUGGUCUCUACUCCCAGGGGGAGGGGGGAACUUACUCUAGGAAAAGCCAUGUCUCUCUCCCCCGGGGUGGGGGGACCUGUGUUGGAGGAGGGGUGUUGGGGGGCCCCCUUCCAUGACUCUGUCCCCUGGGGGAGGUAGGACGGGGCUGGGCUUCCCUCUCAUCCUCCCCCUCCCAAUCUCCUUCCACCUCCCUCCCUCCCGCCAGCUCCACAAUUUUUCGGUGUUUCUCUGUACAUAGUUCUCUGGCGGGAUAGGGGAGGUAGGAUGGAUGGGGUUUGGGGUGGGUAGGCCAUGGGAGGGGAGAAGCCCCUCCUUGGCACCCCCUCUUCCCUGACUGCUGUCCCCUACCCAGCCUUGCCCCCUUCAUCCUUUUGCGUUUGGUAUUGAGACUCUCCUAGACUCUACUCUUUCUUUUGUAUGGACAGUUACCCUUCAGUCCUAUCCCCCUACACAUACACCCAGCCGGGGCCAAAUUUAUACUUAUAUAAAAGUUGUAAAUAUGUGAAAUUUUAUCCCUGUGCCCUUUCCCCACCUCAGGCCCUAGCCCUGGACCCUCCCCAACCUUCCUUCUCUCUUCUUUGGCUGUUGUAAUUAUCUGGGGUUUGUACUGUACAUAUCCGGGGUGUGUGUGUGUGGGCUGGGGGCAACCCUUCUGUACAGAGCUUCCUGGCCCCCUCCCCCCCCGCCCCUCUGCUUCCCUCCCCACCCACUACCUUAAGGGUAGGGAGAUGCUCUUCCUACCUGUUUUAUUUUGUUUUCUCGUUCUCCCUCCCCACCCCACUCCCAGCCUUAUCUAUCCCCUCCUCGCUGUCCCCUUUUCUCCACUCCCAGCCCCAUUUCCUUUUUUUCUGGAGUGUGUGGUGAAACAGAAAAAAACAUGUUUAAUAAACGGAGAUUGUUCUUUUAUCGCUGUGCCGACUUUCUUAGGCAGGGCUCUCCAGACAGACCUGUACGGUGGUAAGAUCUGCUUUCUGAAAGGAAGCUGACAGCCUGAGACGAAAACCGUACAUCCCCACCUGAUGCCACACUCUCCUCAUAAAAUGUCACUCUCCCCUCCCAAUGAGAGUUUUUAUAUUUUAGAGCAGGAGUUUUGCACUGGCCAAACUUCUCCAGUCUCUCCCUCCCCUCACCACUGUGUCACUUAGUCUGAGGCCAGGAACAGCGGCGUUAUCUGAUAAAAGAAUUCAUGUAUAUAUCCACAUUUAUCUCUUUUAAAAAUCACCUAGAAGUAAGGUUUCUUUAAUUGCUGGUUAAAAUGCUCCUAUGCAGAAUAGAGGAAAGAACCUGCCUAGUUCCUUAGCAAAUCUGAGUUCCAGUCCCAGGUCUACUACUAUUAACUGAGUGACGCUUCCAGCCCGUUUCCCCCGCCUGGAAACUGAGGACGGCAACCCCCAUCCUCGCAGGGCCGGUGGGAGGACACAAGGUGAUGUGGGCAAGUGCCAGGCCCACACGCCUUCAUCCCGCGUGGAGUCUACCCCCAGGCCCCUCUCCUCUUCCCAAUUCUUCUCACCUUCGAGGAGGCCAUGGAAACCCCAACGCCUUUGCCGCCCGUACCCGCCUCCCCGACCUGCAACCCAGCCCCACGGACAAUACAGAUCGAGUUCCCGCAGCAUAGCUCAUCGCUACUGGAAUCUCUGAACCGCCACAGGCUAGAGGGAAAGUUCUGUGAUGUGUCCCUCCUGGUGCAGGGCCGGGAACUUAGGGCUCAUAAAGCAGUAUUGGCUGCUGCCUCUCCUUACUUCCAUGACAAGCUGCUUCUGGGGGAUGCACCUCGUCUCACUCUGCCGAGUGUCAUUGAAGCCGAUGCCUUCGAAGGGCUGCUCCAGCUUAUUUAUUCAGGGCGUCUCCGCCUACCACUGGAUGCUCUUCCUGCUCAUCUCCUUGUGGCCAGUGGCCUUCAAAUGUGGCAAGUAGUAGAUCAGUGCUCAGAGAUUCUUAGAGAAUUAGAAACUUCAGGUGGUGGAAUUUCAGCCCGUGGAGCAAACUCCUACCAUGCCCUUCUUUCCACUACAUCCUCUACAGGAGGCUGGUGCAUUCGCUCUUCGCCUUUCCAGACCCCAGUACAGUCCUCUGCUUCCACUGAAAGCCCUGCUUCCACUGAGAGCCCUGUGGGAGGGGAGGGAAGUGAACUGGGAGAAGUGCUGCAAAUUCAGGUAGAAGAAGAAGAGGAGGAGGAGGAAGAAGAUGAUGAUGAGGACCAGGGGUCAGCCACACUCUCUCAGACUCCUCAGCCCCAGAGAGUAUCAGGGGUUUUUCCCCGUCCUCAUGGACCCCACCCACUGCCCGUGACUGCUACUCCCCGAAAGCUUCCAGAGGGUGAGAGUGCACCAGUUGAGCUUCCUGCCCCUCCUACUGCACUGCCCCCUAAAAUCUUCUACAUUAAGCAGGAACCCUUCGAGCCUAAGGAGGAGAUAUCAGGAAGUGGAACUCAGCCUGGAGGAGCAAAGGAGGAAACCAAAGUGUUUUCUGGAGGGGACACUGAAGGGAAUGGGGAGCUAGGGUUCUUGUUGCCUUCAGGGGCAGGGCCAACAUCUGGGGGAGGGGGUCCAUCCUGGAAACCAGUGGAUCUUCAUGGGAAUGAAAUCCUGUCAGGGGGAGGAGGACCUGGGGGAGCAGGCCAGGCUGUGCAUGGGCCUGUGAAGCUAGGGGGGACACCCCCUGCAGAUGGAAAACGCUUUGGUUGCCUGUGUGGGAAGCGGUUUGCAGUGAAGCCAAAGCGUGACCGGCACAUCAUGCUGACCUUCAGCCUUCGGCCUUUUGGCUGUGGCAUCUGCAACAAGCGCUUCAAGCUGAAGCACCAUCUGACAGAGCACAUGAAGACCCAUGCUGGAGCCCUGCAUGCCUGUCCCCACUGUGGCCGUCGUUUCCGAGUCCAUGCCUGUUUUCUCCGCCACCGGGACCUGUGCAAGGGCCAGGGCUGGGCCACUGCCCACUGGACUUACAAGUGACUGCUGAGGCUAUAUACUAGCUUCUAGAAUGAAAUAACCACUGCUGCUGAUGGGUACUUUUCCCUCACUACCAUGGCACACCAGUCGUGGAUCUUGUAAUCAUGCCAAGAGAAUAGAUACAUUGAUACAUUAUGGACCUCUUGUUCUUAGAUAUGGGCCUCUCAGCCUGGCAGAUGUGGAAACUCAAAUUUCUCAUCCCACUCCAGGUUUUGGCUAGCCAACCCUGCAGGAAAGCGGUUUAUAGGCCAUUCAUACUUAAGUUGAUCACUUGCCCAUGGUGGACAUUUUUGUAGUGGUGAUGUCCAUUAAGGAAACCAGAUUUUCAAUUAUUUAGUGAGAGAAGAAUUAGAGCAAAAGACAGUGGUAAAUGUUUUAUUCCGUCUCCAUGAGGAAUUAAAGGAGUUGGUCUCCACCUACAGAUACAUUUGAUUUAGAGCUUGAGUAAUUCAGAGGCUAAGCUCUAAACUUUUUUCUCUCUCAUUGCUGGAAUGAUUUAAGCAGAAUUCCUUUUGUAUACUUUUAAAAUUGUAUCUUUCCAGGAGCCCCUCAGAUUGUACCUUGCUUUCUCACCAGUAGACACCUUUCCAACACUUUUUUAAUGUUGUAGUUGAGCACUUUAACAAGUUGAGCAUUCCAUGUUUCAUUCUUAGAACCUUCUUUAAUAGAGGGUAUUCCCUCAACAGCCUGUGCCUCUGGUCUACCUUUGACCACCACUGGUAACUCAUAUAUUGGUCACAAUGACUAGAAUGUGACUAGUGAUCUCAGGAGAUGGCACUGUCCUAAAGUGCUCUCAGGGUGGCACCACUGCUCUCUGAACAAGUUGCCUUGGUCAGAGGGACUCAGGUUUGGGACAGCACAAGCUGAAGGCUGGCGAGUAACUUGCAUAAUAGGACCAUACCUCUUCCUUUCCCAUCCCAGCCACAUAUGAUAGACAGCCCCUCUGUGGAGAUACGGAGGGGAUAGAUAUUGGAAUUGGGUGUGGGACUUGCAGUUACUUAAAAUUUUUGAAUAAACUGUGCCCUGAAACCUAAA